UAUCAGAACACCAAACCUUGCCCCAACUUUUAAUGUGAACCUCGCCCAGGCUUGUUUGUGGUAUCUGGUCAAUCUCUUCUUCAUAUACAUCUCAUUGAGCAUUGACCAUGUUGCUGGUUCCGAAAGAGCUCGAUAAGCUCGUGAUCUCACAACUCGCGAUUCUCGCGCAGAGGAGACUUGCCAGAGGGUUGAAACUUAAUCAUUCUGAAGCUUGUGCACUUAUCUCGCACAAUCUACAAGAGCUCAUUCGUGAUGGCGACCACUCCGUCGCAGACCUCAUGUCUAUUGGGAAGACCAUGCUUGGACGACGACACGUUCUGCCCAGUGUCAUCAGCACACUCCAUACCAUUCAGGUAGAAGGGACCUUUCACACGGGUACCUAUCUCGUCACGGUUCAUGACCCGGUCUGCUCAGACGAUGGUGAUUUGGCCAAGGCCUUAUAUGGUAGUUUUCUACCCAUCCCUUCGAUCGAAACUUUUGCUCUUCCAGACCCGAGUGAGUAUGAAAUUGAGAAGCAACCUGGCGCCGUCAUUCCAGUCAAGGAAGGGAAGAUUGUUCUCAAUGAAGGGAGGAAGAGGGUCAAGUUGAGGGUUACGAGCAAAGGCGACAGACCUAUUCAGGUCGGCUCACAUUAUCACUUCAUCGAAAGUAAUCCUCAACUCGAAUUCGAUCGCAUCAAGGCAUACGGUUAUCGACUGGACAUACCUGCAGGCACAGCGGUACGUUUCGAGCCUGGCGAUUCCAAAGUCGUCACCCUAGUCGAGAUCGCCGGUAACAAGACUAUCCGUGGUGGAAACAACCUUGCUUCCGGAGUAGUGGACUUGUCCAGAAGCGAUGAGAUUAUUCAGAAAUUGCAGGAAGCGGGAUUUUCCCACGCUCCAGAUCCAGCAGGCGAUUUUGGUCAUAUUGAUUCCUUUUCCAUGACGAGAUCAGAUUAUGCUACCAUGUUCGGUCCAACUACCGGUGACCUCGUACGACUGGCGACUCUCGACCUGUGGAUCAAAGUGGAAAAGGACUAUACCACUUACGGCGAAGAAGCGAAGUUUGGUGGUGGCAAAACACUUCGAGAAGGCAUGGCUCAAGCUUCCGGACGCAGCGACACUGAAGUCCUUGAUACAGUCAUCACCAAUGCCUUGAUCGUCGACUGGACCGGCAUUGUCAAGGCGGAUAUCGGUAUCAAGAACGGUUAUAUUGUUGGAAUUGGCAAAGCAGGCAACCCGGAUAUCCAGGAUGGAAUUGACCCUACCAUGAUCACGGGGAAUGGCACCGAAGUCAUUGCCGGCGAGGGCUUAAUCAUCACAGCUGGAGGACUCGAUACUCACAUCCAUUUCAUCUGUCCGCAGCAAGCACAAGAAGCCCUGGCGUCAGGAAUCACCACUCAUCUCGGAGGCGGAACCGGCCCCUGCGCCGGCACAAGCGCCACGACUUGUACACCUGGUUCUUGGUACAUGGAAAAAAUGCUCCAGGCAGUCGACCAUCUCCCCAUCAACUACGGCAUCACCGGUAAAGGCAACGACAGCUCUCCGAUAGCCCUACGCGAAGCAUGCGAAGCUGGAGCCUGUGGUUUGAAACUUCACGAAGAUUGGGGUUCAACUCCCGCGGCCAUUGACGCGUGCUUGUCGGUGUGCGACGAAUAUGACAUCCAAUGUCUGAUCCACACCGACACAUUGAACGAAGCAGGGUUUGUGGAACAAACGAUCCAAGCAUUCAAGAACCGUACCAUCCAUACAUACCACACUGAAGGUGCCGGUGGCGGACACGCACCUGAUAUUAUCAGUGUGGUCGAACAUUCUAACGUGCUCCCAUCGUCGACUAACCCAACCCGGCCAUACACUCGCAACACCCUGGAUGAACAUCUUGAUAUGUUAAUGGUUUGCCACCAUCUAUCCAAGAACAUCCCUGAGGACGUCGCAUUCGCCGAAUCACGUAUCCGCGCCGAAACCAUUGCCGCCGAAGACGUUCUCCACGACCUAGGUGCCAUUUCCAUGAUGUCGUCUGAUUCCCAAGCCAUGGGCCGUUGUGGUGAGGUUAUUCUUCGAACUUGGAACACCGCACACAAGAAUAAACAACAACGUGGAUACUUGCCUGAGGAUGAGGGUACCGGUGCUGAUAAUUACCGGGUUAAGAGAUAUAUCAGUAAAUACACCAUCAACCCGGCAAUCGCUCAGGGCAUGAGUCAUGUCAUUGGAAGUGUUGAAGUGGGCAAGUUGGCGGAUUUGGUUAUUUGGAAACCUGCACUGUUUGGCACAAAGCCAAAUAUGGUGGUCAAGAGUGGUAUGAUUGUCAGUGCUAUGAUGGGCGAUCCCAACGCAUCAAUCCCCACCGUCGAACCCAUUAUAUCACGACCCAUGUUCGGCGCACUACUCCCAUCAACUGGCGUGACCUUCGUGUCAGCCGCAUCAAUUGCCUCUGGGCGAGUGGCAAGUUAUAAUCUCAAGAAACGCGUCGAACCAGUCAAGAAUUGUCGCAGUAUCAGCAAGGCGGACAUGAAAUUCAACUCUGCUCAGCCCAAGAUGAGGGUCGACCCAGAAAGAUAUAUUGUUGAGGCUGAUGGUGUGGAGUUGAAGGCCGAGCCUGCAGAUAAAGUCGGUUUGGGGCAGGAGGCUUAUGUUUAUUGAAGAGGGCGAAGGUGAAGAUGAAAGUGAGGUGAAGGGUAGGUCAGAUAGGGAGAUUGGAGAUUUGAGAUUGGUGAGUAAGGAGGGAGGUGGUGGGUUGGUUGGUUGAAGUGUGAUGAUGUGACGAUGGUCAUGUUGGAAUGAUUGAUGCGAGUUGAUUAUAGUUGAUUUGAUAUGAUUCGUAUUUUAGCUUCAUAGCCUCUAUCUACUUACUCGUUCUAUCUGCGACUGUAGUCAUUGACUAUUAGUAGCUACAUGGUAGUAUAAGUACCUAUGAAAUAAGCGUCUACCAAAG